AUGCAACAACAACAGCAACAACAGCAACAAGUAUCACUGGACGAAUGGGUUUCCAAUGUCAUGCAACAUGACCCCAUGCGUGUCUACCGCGCUAGACGGGAUGCGCACCAUCGACCGGUUACCUCGAAAUAUGCGAUCCUAGGCUUCAUCUCUUCUGGAACGUACGGACGCGUGUAUAAAGCUCAGUCUAUCAACGGAGGAGAGCUUCUGGCCAUUAAAAAGUUCAAACCAGACAAAGAGGGCGAUGUGGUCACCUACACUGGAAUCAGCCAGAGUGCAAUUCGUGAAAUCGCGUUGAAUAGAGAAAUAAACCAUGAGAAUGUAGUGGCCCUUCGAGAAGUGAUCCUCGAAGAUAAAUCCAUCUACAUGGUCUUUGAGUACGCAGAACACGACUUUCUCCAAGUAAUACACCACUACUACCAAACCAUCCGUACAUCAAUACCAACCGCAGUCCUCAAAUCCCUGAUCUACCAACUCUUCAACGGGCUCAUCUACCUCCACGCCUCCCACAUCCUCCACCGCGACCUCAAACCCGCAAACAUCCUCAUCACCUCCCAAGGCGUCGUCAAAAUCGGCGACCUGGGUCUCGCACGUCUAUGCUACGAGCCCCUCCAACCUCUCUUCGCCGGCGACAAGGUCGUCGUAACGAUCUGGUACCGCGCACCCGAACUCUUGAUGGGCGCGAAGCACUACAAUAAAGCGAUAGAUUGCUGGGCUGUGGGAUGUGUUAUGGCUGAAUUGGCGAGCCUGAGACCGAUUUUUAAAGGUGAAGAGGCGAAGCUGGACUCGAAGAAGAAUGUACCGUUUCAGAGGGACCAGUUGAUCAAGAUUUUCGAGGUGCUGGGAACGCCGGAUGAACGAGACUGGCCAGGUGUAGUCGACAUGCCUGAAUAUCGGAACAUGAAACUCCUGGACCACUUCUCAAACCGCCUAUCAGAUUGGUGCCACACCCGUAUACGUUCACCUCAAGGCUACGACCUCCUCCGCCAACUCUUCGCCUACGAUCCCGAUAACAGACUAACAGCAGAACAGGCUAUUCAGCAUAAAUGGUUCCACGAGGAUCCGUUGCCUACCUGGAACGCCUUCCAAUCCCUCGCACAGCACCAAAUCCCACCAUGCCGACGUAUAACCCAAGACGAGGCGCCAUCCAUGAUGCCCAUGGCCACCCAACAGAACACGCAACAAGCAAUGGGGGGUGGACACAUUGCAGGAGGAGCAGGCGCGCCGUUUUCCAAACCGGGGAGUACAGCCAGUUUUGCGAGCCUGAGCGGUGGUGGGCCGUACGCCCAGAGUCAGGGUGGGACUGGAGGUCACACUGCGCAUACGAGGAAGAAGGCUAGAAUGGGGUAG